GGUUUCCCAGCAUUCCCAGCACGCUGCUACACCUCCCCCUCCCUUCCCCUUUGGUGUCUGCAGUCAUGGCGGAUGUGGUGCAGCAACUGGAGGCGAAGCCCGAGCAGGAGAAGAUUCUGAACGGGAACGCGGAGCUCGACGAGAGAGAAGACGCGGACCCUUCGGAAGAGACGGCAAAGAAGAAGAAGAAAAAGAAGAAGAAAAACAAGCCGGCGACCCAAAGUGAGGAGGUGUCAGGGACAGGCCGCGUUGCUGCAAGCAGUGAGGCAGACGGUGUAGGCAUUGCCGGAGGAGUGAGCAGCGUGACCAAACAGCUGGAGAAGCAAGUCAUCGAGGACAAGGAGAGAGAGGAAGACGGCGAGGAUGAUGGAGAAGAAGGAGAGAACUCUGCUGGGAAGAAGAAGAAGAAAAAGAAAAAGAAGAGAGGACCCAAAGGACAGACCGACCCUCCUUCUAUCCCCAUCUGCGAGCUCUACCUGAGUGGGGUUUACCCAAAGGGGCAGGAAUGUGAAUAUCCCGCGACACAGGACGGGCGCACCGCGGCAUGGCGAAUGACCAGCGAGGAGAAGAAGGUCCUGGACAAGGCCAACGAGGAGGUGUGGAGCGACUUCAGGCAGGCGGCCGAGGCCCACCGACAGGUCCGGCAGUACGUUAUGAGCUGGAUUAAGCCUGGGUUGACCAUGAUCGAGAUCUGCGAGAAGCUGGAGGACUGCUCCCGGAAGCUGAUAAAGGAGAACGGGCUCAGUGCUGGCCUGGCCUUCCCCACUGGCUGCUCCUUAAACAACUGCGCCGCCCACUAUACCCCCAACGCCGGCGACACCACCGUGCUGCAGUACGACGACGUCUGCAAGAUCGACUUCGGCACACACAUCAACGGUCGAAUCAUUGACUGUGCCUUUACCGUCACCUUCAACCCAAAGUAUGAUAAGCUGCUGGAAGCUGUGAAAGAUGCCACCAAUACUGGAAUUAAGUGCGCUGGAAUCGACGUUCGCCUCUGUGAUGUCGGGGAACAGAUACAGGAGGUUAUGGAGUCUUACGAAGUGGAUAUCGACGGCAAAACCUACCAAGUGAAGCCCAUUCGGAAUCUCAAUGGCCACUCCAUCGGACAGUACAGGAUACACGCUGGCAAGACUGUCCCCAUUGUCAAGGGUGGAGAGGCCACAAGGAUGGAGGAGGGGGAGGUGUAUGCCAUCGAGACGUUCGGAAGCACAGGCAAGGGGGUGGUGCAUGAUGACAUGGAAUGCUCCCAUUACAUGAAGAAUUUCGACGUCGGGCACGUUCCAAUCAGACUCCCAAGGGCUAAGCACCUGCUUAACGUGAUCAACGAGAACUUCGGGACGCUGGCCUUCUGCCGGCGCUGGCUGGAUCGCCUCGGAGAGAGCAAAUACCUGAUGGCUCUGAAGAACCUGUGUGACCUGGGCAUCGUGGACCCGUACCCCCCCCUGUGCGACACAAAGGGGUGCUACACGGCGCAGUUUGAGCACACUAUCCUACUCCGGCCCACCUGCAAGGAGGUGGUCAGCCGGGGAAACGACUACUGACCGUCCUUCCCCCCUCGACAAACCGAAACGUCAUACGCGCACUAAAAAAAAAAAAGCAAAAAUGUAUUAAAAAUAAACGCAUUUAACAAGAGCUUGCUUUGUUCUCACUUCUGGCUUUGCCGAGGGCGGCGGUGUCGUCGUCUUGCCGUCCCUCUGCUGCAGCGGCCUGCUGAACCUGAGUUCCAGUGAAGCUGAGUGGCCGCGUCUAGCGGCGGGAUCGGGCGUCCUGAAAAUCCGUUCAGUCGCUUUUUACAAGACAUGCUUCGGUGACAUUACGAAAUCAACCCCCCCGGGGGAAAUUGUAUAACGGCUGCAAGCUUGGCUUCUAGCGAAAGUGGAAGGCUCUCUGGCCAGAAAGUUAUAAAAAAUCUGCAGCCUGCUCCUCCGUUCUGUAUUUAUAUUGGGAUUUUUUUUUGUUUUCGAGAAAUAUUGAAAUGUCUGAUUCUGACCUCUGUGCCCAAUGCAGUUCUUCAUUUUCGAUUCCCUGAAAUGUUUUUUGUAGAAAAAUAAAGUUAUAUAAAAGUUA